AUGGCGAAAACGUCUUCUUGUUCUUACUGCAGAGCCACAAGAGGUAUGCCUUUUCUUCACUUCACUCCUCUUGUUGCUUUCUUUAAUUCUCUACACACAAAGCCUUGCAAAUCUAGAGAGACCCAUCUAGGAAACCGACCCUCGAAGCCCAAAGCGAGUAAUGUUGAGGAUGCCUUGAACGUGUUCGACGAAAUGCUUCAAAGACGUCCUCUGCCGUCUGUUGUCCGGUUCACUCAGAUAUUGGGUCAACUUGUCAAGCUCAAACAAUUUGAAGCAGUCCUCUCUUCAAAUAGACAAAUGGGUCUCGUCGGAGUCGCUUCUGAUGCUUAUACUCUCACCAUUAUCAUCAAUUGCUACUCUCAUUUGAACCAAAUGGAGUAUGCCUUGUCUGUCUUGGGCCACUUCUUCAAAUUGGGUCUUGAACCAAAUGUCACAACCUUCAACACUCUUCUCAAUGGUUUUGUUCUCCGAAAUGGUGUGGCUGAUGCAGCUCCACUUUUCAGCAAAAUGGUGGAGGGAGGUCACUGCCAGCCGGAUGUAUUUACUUUCACCACACUAAUCAAGGGCUUUUGCACGAUGGAAAACAACACUGCAGCUAUUCAAUUACUUGGCAAAAUGGAAGAAUAUGGAUGCAAGCCUGACAUAGUGUCCUAUAACACUAUCAUCGACAGCCUGGGUAAAUAUACACUAGUUGACCAAGCAAAGAACCUCUUCUCAGAGAUGAUUGGUAGAGGUAUUGCUCCUAACCUUGUUACCUACACCUCAUUGAUUCAAGGAGUUUGCAAUAUAGGCCACUGGAAAGAAGCUACGAGGUUGUUGUAUGAAAUGGCCAGUCAAGGUAUCUUUCCAAAUGUAUGCACCUUCAAUAUCCUGGUUCAUGCGCUUUGUAAGGACGGGAUGGUUGCGCAUGCCAACAGUGUGGUUCAGAUUAUGAUUCAAAGAGGAGUUGACCCUAACACGAUUACAUACAGUUACCUUAUGGAUGGUUACUGUUUGCGAGGAGAAAUGCACAAGGCAAAACAAGUUUUUGAUCUAAUGCUUAGCAAGGGCUUCUUUGUUGUUCAGAGUUUUAACAUUUUGAUUAACGGAUAUUGCAAGAGUAAAAAGAUCGAUAAGGCUUACAAGAUUUUCAAGGAAAUGCCUCUCGGGGGACUUGUUCCUGAUACGGUUACUUAUAACACUCUAAUUGAUGGUUUUUGUAAAGCAGGGAGACUACAAGAAGCAGAAAAGUUAUUCUCUGAGAUGCAAGAUUGUGGCCAACUUCCAGAUAUUCAAACUUAUGAUAUUAUACUUGAUGGCCUCUGUAACAACCAACAACUUUCUGAGGCAAUUGAAUUGCUUAGAGAGAUGGAAGGGAACAAGUUGAAACCAAAUAUUGUAGCAUACAAUAUUAUCAUUGAAGCUCUGUUCAAAGCUGGGAAAAUUGAAUCUGCAACAGACGUCUUCUCUGGUUUGUCAUCGAAAGGAGUACUGCCUGAUGUAUGGACAUACAAUAUAAUGAUCAAGGGACUUUGUAAUGGUGGCAUCUUAGUUGAAGCAGAAAAGUUGUUUAGAGAAAUGGAGCAAAAAGGCUGUUCUGCUGAUGGCUGCACCUAUAACACAAUUAUCCGAGGUUUUAUCAAUAACAACGAGACAUCGAGGGCUACAAGUCUUAUUGAAGAAAUGAGUGAGAGGGGUUUCUCUGGAGAUGCAUCAACUAUGUAAUUGAUUGUUGAUUUGUUGUCAAAGGAUAAAGUUGACCCUGUAUUAUUAGCAUGGCUUAAAAAUUCAGUCCGAA